AUGGCGCCAAUCGAUUACUCCAAAUGGGACAACAUAGACACCGAUUCCGAGCCACAAACGCCCACUGAGCAGGUGCCUCCGGUCGAAGAAAACCCACCCGCUCCAGCCACCUCACAGUCGACUGCACCGGCAUCGACGGCAACACACAGCGCGUCAGGAUCCAUCCAAGCCGUCAUCGUCCGGUGCGACGUUGAGAGACUGAAAUUCGUGCCUUGGUCCGCUACGACGAUCCAGGCAGAUCAUCCCAUCUUCUCGCAGCCCGUGCCUCCCGUUCCAGGGCUCAUCGAGGUCCCGCUGGUCCUCCACCGCGUAGGCACUCGGUCCGCCAACCGUGCCGACCUCGACAACCAGAUCGCCACGUAUCUCAACAUCGACGAUGAGUCCGGGUAUGCGCCCCCGGAGUGGCGGUCCUAUGUCGGCACCGUGGUGGUCGCGCGCAAGGACAUGAAGCCGUUGCUGCCGCACCAUCUUGAGGGCGUGUGGAUGUACUGUGACCGCAUUCUGGACCUCUUCGGAGAGGGAGAAGGCGCGCCGAGAAGUCUGUACAACAGACAGGCCUUCGAAGAGUGGUGGAAAGAUUAUUGUGAGGAACAGAAGGAGUUCCGGCCGGGGAAGGGAGGCGAGAAGGAUCCGGAUGAUUGGCGGGCGGUGAGGUCGCCUUAUGAGAUGUAG